CGGGACUGUGGGGUGGGGUCACGCACGCGCACUUUCUCACAUGCGAAUAAGGAAGGUCUCGUGGGUGUUGUUCUUCGGCCUUCAUUCUCCUGUAGAGCCCUAAUUUCUCAUCUCAGUUCACCAUGUUCCCGGAACUCAAUGACCUUCUCAGCACCACCCCAGACAAGACCGAGCAGGGGAAACUGACUCUGCUCUGUGAUGCCAAGACAGAUGGCAGCUUCCUUGUGCAUCACUUCCUCUCCUUCUACCUCAAAGCUAAUUGUAAAGUCUGCUUUGUGGCGCUCGUCCAGUCCUUUAGCCACUAUAAUAUUGUGGGACAGAAGCUGGGUGUCAGCCUGACAGCAGCUCGGGAACGUGGGCAGCUUGUAUUCCUGGAGGGCCUCAAGUCCUCAGUGGGUCUCUUCUUCCACACUCAGGAGGCGCCUCACCCCUGCAGGUAUCUCCGUGUAGCCAGUGCAGGGAACCUCCAGUUGCUGUAUGAGUUUGUACAGGACACCCUGAAGCCUGUGGACGGUGGGGAAACGCCGUGGAAGUACCCGGUGCUGCUGGUGGAUGACCUCAGUGUGCUGCUGAGCCUGGGCGUGGGGGCAGUUUCUGUGCUGGACUUCAUGCAGUACUGCCGCGCCGUGAUCUGCUGUGAAUGGAAGGGAAAUGUGGUGGCGCUCGUGCAUGACAGCGAGAAUGCUGGGGAUGAGGAGAAUGACGUCCUGCUGAGUGGCCUCAGUCAUCAAAGCCACCUAAUCCUGCGAGCUGAGGGCCUGGCCACUGGAUUCUGCAAGGAUGUGCAUGGACAGCUGAGGAUCCUCUGGAGGAGGCCGUCACAGCCCACAACCCAGCGGGAUCGAAGCCUCACUUACCAGUACAAGAUACAGGACAAGAAUGUGUCCUUUUUUGCCAAGGGAAUGUCUCCUGCUAUUCUGUGACCUGAUUUGAAGACAACUGAAGUGACUCUGGGUGGUUUUGGGUGUGGAAGACAAAGCAGCUGGGCAGGAAUGGACCUUCAGACCUUUGGCACACUCUUCAGGCUGGCCUGCAGCUCCACCGGGACCGGGAGGAUGGAAUGGUGCUGUGAGGGUGUGGGUGCCUUAGUUCCCCAGGUCUCUGCGCAGGAAACACAGUGAGGAGUCUGCAUGUGGCUUCUGCUGAGAGGCUGCGUGGUGAACCCAGCAGAAUGGUCCUUUGGAGCAUCCCGUGUAACUCACCUGCCUGUUUUUGGUGGCUGUGCCUUUAAGAGCCACUGCAGGUAGAAUGAAGCAGCCAGGAAGUUGUCAUGAAUGGCAGCCUUCCUGACUGACAACUAGGAUAAUGACUGGAAUAAAGAAGAUUCCCACACCGGC